AUGGAUCUUCACAAAGCGGCAAGGCAAGGCAGCACUUCCGAUAUAGAGUCCGCGGUUGGGGAAGGGUGCGAGGUCAGUGCUCGCGACGAGACUGGGAAGACCCCUCUUUGGUACGCUGUCAAAGGAGGUCACUCGGAUGCAUGCAGGGUCUUGCUUGCCCUGGGAGCUCGCGUGGAAGAGCAUAGCCUUCUCGAACUCGCUGUUCAAGAAGGACACGCUGAAAUAGUCAAACUCCUAUGGCCACACCGCGAAGGAAUGAGUCAUCAUCGCUGUUUGGAAUCUGCUAUCUCGCUCGGCUUCCAUGAUAUCGCAGAAUUCUUCGUUCAAACUCAAGUCUUCGAAUUUAUCUUUGUCCGACGGUGGGAGAAGCUCCAUCUGCAUCGCAUCUUUUUCAACUAUGCUCUUCUUCUUGCAGCGAAGGCCGACCGCAACGCUGGAAUUCGGCUGCUGACCCUGUUGCUAGAGGGCGACAACCCUUUGGCCGACGUGAAUUGCACCGUCAAAAUCGACACGGAUCUCGAAACACCCCUAACCGGUGCGGCUGAGAAAGGCAACCUGGAGAUCUUGGCUAUUCUGGUUCGCCGUCAUGAUAUCAACUUGACCACUUGCGGCAAGUAUGGCUGGCCUGCGUUUCUUCAUCUUCUGGCAAACCUUGACUCCAUUGCCUCUGAGAAAGGCCGGGAGAUGGCACACAUCCUGUUCCAGAAGAGUUUCUCGGAUUUAUUUCUGAAUGAUACUGGAAGAGCCAAUCUGGAACCGGUAUUCCAGACUGUCCUUCGGUUUGGGGACGAUAUUCUUGUGAAAAGGGUGAUUGACCUGGUACUGGGAGCCGCAGGAACGUGCAUUCUGCCGCUGUUGAUCAGAGUCAAUGAGACCAAUGGUCUGAGAUGGAUUUUGAAUAGUGACAUAGCGCAUGCACCGAAACCGCCUCCAAUAUUGUGGGCGCUUCUAUGUGACUUCUUCCACCGCCAGAAAAACUCGGAAGCCCUGGAGCUUUUUAUUCGCGUGGCAGAAUUCAUGAUAGGAAAGGAGAUAUGGGAUGGAAUAAUUCUGGUGUGCCUCAAAUCACGCAACUUUCGUUUCGCCAAGCAGUUCUUCUACACUGUUGAGGAGUUCCUACCGAGGGAAGUGGUCGAAGACACGUUGGAGGGAUUCGCCCAGGCGUCCAGAGAUCAAUCCCUUGUAAAGGACUGGACCGAUAAGGGCUAUGCGAACGCAGCGCUAUGGAGCGCCAUCCGAAUCGGGAGAUGGAAGAACGCGGCCUUUGGGAGUCUCCUUUCGUGCCCUCAAAUUGAUCUGGACGAGCCAUUUCGAGGCCGCAGACAGAGUCUAUGGGCAGGAGAAGCUCACAACCUUUCACCCAGUUCAUCAGGCGUUGCGGCGGGUGAAAAAAGAAAAUUUCAGUCCGGACCCUCCGAAACGUUUCCUAGAUUGACUCUAGGUGCCGAUACAGCUCCCGAUACAACGCCAGGUCGUGCUCUCCAUGGUUAUCUGAUGCAACUCAUGUUGCUAGAGCAGCAGAACCAGAGACGACGACUCAUGGCUCGGCUAAAUCCAGAAGAAGUGUCUUUGGGCUGGACCUUGGGGCAAAGCCCCCUUGUCUGGGCCGCGGCAAACCGGAAAUCUCAGCUGGUGGAAUUGCUUCUACGCACUCGUCGCGUCAACGUCAAUUCACAAGAUGCCCAGAGAAGAACCCCACUUAUGCAUGCGAUCGCCUUGGAGGAUCGCAAGACGGUGGAACUAUUAUUGGAAGUUGAAGACAUGGACCUGAAUUUACCAGAUGAUGUUGGUAGAACAGCUGUUUUCUACGCCAUCGAGCGGGGAGAUUUGCACACCAUACAGUUGCUCACCCAGACUCGUAGGGUGAAUCUUUCCAUCUGUGAUGGCAAGGGCGAAAGUGUUGUGGAGUUUGCGAAAAAGCUCGGGCGGCAGGAUGUUGUCGCUGCACUUGGUAUUCGACGGGAUUGA